CUCAGUUUAAGCGCGCAGACUGUCAGAGAACCGUAAUUCCUAAGUAAACGCCUCCUUUGCUCUGACAGCUCCAAGGAAAUCUCUCGGUAAAGAGGUCUAUUAGCUUCUGAAAUUGGUUAUUUUCAAAUCACUGAACAAUCAGCGUUCAUGUGCAUUCCAGUCUUCAACCGUUGGUGUGAAAGUUUUGGAAACUGCUUCAAGCAGCCGGGCCUUCGUAAGAAGUAGUUAACUCGACAGACCAAUGAGUGCCAGUGACCGGUUCGCUGACAUUGGAUAUAUGAUCACACAAAGAAGCGAAAACUCGAAUCGUACCAAACGCACGGGAGGAACCGGUACCCUGAUUGAUUGACGUGUCGGACCAGACAGUCGGAAGGAUGGAUGUUCGACUAUUGUGUCAGACCACUUGAACCAAUGCCAAACAGCUCUACAUAGACUCCUUCAUCAGAAGACGUGGUCGUGCUGUCCCACACCUCUCAUCAUAUCGUGGCCGCGUCUGUCUGAUUCGUCAGCUGUCGUCCAAUCAGCUUUCAGCAUUGCAGAAGAAGUCACCCUCUGCCCGACAAAUGCACUCUACCUGGUCCGACGGCAUGACAGAAAAUGCAGCUUGAGACGCAAAACACAUAUGAGGAUCACAUAUGAGGUUUCACAUGUUCUGAUAGGCGUGAAUCAGCGUGUCUGGUUUUGAUCAAGUACAAUAACCAAGUCAAUUCUGGCACGUGUUCAACAGGGCCUUUAAAAAACAGUGCUUUCACAAACAGAGGAGUGUAGAAAAAAUGAAUUCCGACACCUGGAAUGAACUUCAACAACUGCUCUUGCAACGGUUGUGUUCGACCAGUCUUCAACCAAGCGCGAGAAUGGAAGAAGUCUGUAACUGCUCACAAUGUCAGCUCGAACAGCAUAGUCGCCGAAGCAGUUUCAGCAGUGACGCAAGCAGUGUAAGGUCAUCCAGUAGUGAGUUAAAAUUUGGAGUUGAUGCCAUACUGAACGUGGGAAAUAAUCUGCACAUUCGUCAUCAAUCUCCUGGCAAAUCCAAGUUUUUGAACCCAACGCCGUUACCAAACUAUACUUCUUGUUACCCCAAUUCAUUACUUAAUGUCUUGCAAAGCAAGCAACUUGACCUAAAACGUGAUCAAAAAAUCGAUAUGAUACGAAAUAUCAUGGUGGAUUUCCAUGCCAAAAAUGAAUUUGGACAAGCUGCGAACACAACUGAGAACCCCAACCAAGACAAUAUCUUGCGAGGACAAGGAAAAAGGCAGCGUUCUAACGUACAACACUUCAUGCGGGAUAAGUCGGGGAUGUCCGCGGGCCGUUCGAGAGUUCAGCAGAUAAAACCCAUCAUUGACGCACCAGUUCUGGGAAGCAUACAACAUGUGGAAUUUGUUAACAACGGAGCAGGAAUCAAGAAUCCAUUAGCAUGCGCGAGCAAGUUCGAACGCGAAGUGCUCAGUCAGCUUUAUGGUGAACAGCUCAGUACUAACGAAUAUCUCUGCAGAGCUUGUGGCAAACGCUUUCAUCUAUUCCGUCUCCUGACGCGUCAUGUGAAAUGUCACAGUCAGAUGCGUCGCUAUUUAUGCAAGUAUUGUCUCAAAGGAUUCAACGACACCUUCGAUUUGAAACGACACACUCGGACACAUACAGGUGUUCGCCCUUACAAAUGUACCGAGUGUGGAAAGGCAUUUACUCAGCGUUGCUCUUUGGAAUCACAUUGUAGAAAAGUUCAUGGUCAACCGCUGCCAUAUGCAUUCAAAGAACGACGUACCAAACUCUAUAUUUGCGAAGAAUGUGGGUACAAUACGCAGGACUUGGAGCAGUUUUGCGAACACUCACAUGAAACCGACCUUAGUAUGGAAAAGACCUGCCCACCCCGAAGAUCCACAAGCGAGAAAAAAUUGGACCAAGAUAACGCAUUACACUCUGAUAAUAUGUAUCAUCCUUCGCCAGGAUGCGAACCAUUUACCCGUCCCUCAUCAGCCUUUGUGAUCCCUCACGGUCAUCAAACAACACACAACCUCACUACUAGGAUUGACCGCUUUGUUCACCGUGUAUCACACUCAGCUGCAGCUUCUGUACGCCGGACUUCAGCAACAACCCUGAAUACUUCGAAGUCUGUUUUCAAAUCCCGAAAACCGAUCUACUUAGUUGCCUUUGGUGUUCGUACACUGAAGCAAAGAGGACAACAGGACGCGAGUAAUGUAGUUGAUCUGAAUGUCCCCUCACUCUUUUCCGGGUUCUUGCUGCGAAACUCCGGUGAUGAAGAGGCCCUUGCAGCUGGAUAUGUUGGAGUGGGUAUUGUAUUGAGCGACCGAGAGGAAGCGUCUUCACUUGCUCGGAUACCCGUUGAUAGUCGCCUCUGCGCGGUUCGUUUGGCAACGUCGGUAAAAGAAUCUCGCGAAAGUGAGGACCACCAUAACCCGUUUAUUGUGUCUGCUUUCGAACCAACGAACUGUAGCUCCGAAUCUGCCACACAGUUGCUAUGGCGCUUUAGGUGCUCAUUCACAAGAGACUAA